AUGGCACUCGUGUCACCUUCUCCUCCUCCCUCAGGCAGCCUGUACCCCUCAGCGGCGCCGCUGUACGCGCGAACUUCCCCCGACUCCCCGCCAACUCUCGUUCGAGCGCUUCCCACGACUCCAGGCACUAGCUCCUCCAGUACUUCGGGUGGAUUGGGCGCGGGCAGGACAGGCGCAUCAGGGAUGAACGCUGGAUCGGCCGCGCGGAGAGAGGGAUCGGGAGGGAGCAGCGCAGGUGGGCUGCCAGGAGGAUCCGUCGCAGGAGGGGUUGCGUCGACUCGCCCGGGCGGGUCGGGUCAGCCACCACGGGCGCGAACAGCAAGUGCACCGAGAGCGGAUGCGAGUGCAUCGAGCAGCAGCAGCUCGCUCGCGGCGAACGACGGCUUGACACCUCCUCUCCUCCCCACCCCUUCACGCGCCUCGUCGACACCGCCAACGUCGGUCGGCAGCUCGUCCGUUGGUCGAACGUCUUCUUCAUCGUCCCUCCGCGGCGACGGACAGGCUCACUCGAAGUCCGCUUCUGCCGCGUCGUCGUCGUCGUCUUUCUCGGCGCCGAACGUCCCGGCUCUUCCGCGACUCGCUCCGGCGCACCUUGGCGGCGGCGCACCCUCGCCCAACCUCACCUCGUCGCCACAAAGCUACUUCCCAGCCUCGUCGCAGCCUUUCCAGCAAGGCUCGUACAUGGCGCAAGUCGCGCUCCCGCCCUUCCAGGGCCAGCCAUUCCCUCACUUCGCCCAGGCUUAUCCCAAUCCCGCUUACCCUUUCAUCCCUUCACCUCAUCCCAAUGCGCAUGGCGGCCUGCCUGCGUUUGCCUACAACGGCGCCAAUGGCUUCGUCACGCCGAAUGGCGGUCAGCUCUCGCCCGAUCAGCAGAAGCGUUUGCAGCAUUACCAGCAGCAGUGGCAGAUGGAGAUGAUCAAGCAUCAGCAGGACGGCCAAGCACGACGACGAGCGACUUCCGGUCCUGCGCCCAGCCAUGGUCAUUCGCCCAGCUUCAACUACUCUUCUCUCCCGUACCCUCCUUCGCCCUCGCCCUCCCUUCACCAGCAGCCGUUCCAUCUCGGCGGCAUGGCUCCUCCCGUACCGUCUCUCCCGCCCGGCGCCAUGCUUCCUCAGUUCGGCGUGCACGGUUACCCUACUCCUCCCGGCUCGACCGAAGGCGCUCGUGCCGGCGGCGACUCGAGUGGGUCGAGCAACGGCUCGAGCGCGCGAGGCGCAGAUGCCGCCUACCACCCGUACCGACGACACCAUACCGACGGAAGCAGGUCUUCCUCGCACCGUGCGACGUCGUCGAACGGCAGCAGCGUGAGUCCCGCGCGGGCAGCUGCCGCGCAGAAACACGGCAGGAACGAGAGUAGCGUCUCUAUCGCGCAACUCGCGCAGGAGAGCUACGGUCCGCCGACGUUGCCGCACCAGUUCCCGCGCACCGGCUCAUCAUCGUCGGUCAACUCGCAAGGUCGCUCGUCACCGCCGAUCGCGAGGAACGCCCCUGUGCCGCAGACGCAAGCUCCUCCCUCUUUCCCUCGCUCCCGCACCGACAGCGGCAACUCUUCUGCGUCCUCCUCCUCUCGCUCCGACCCUCACGUCCGUCCUUCGUCUUCCCUCCGUACAAACUCGUUCGACACCGCCCGAUCUGCCACGCCUGUCCAGGCCCGCACUCGCCCGUCGCCGUUGGCCGCUGGUCCGGCUCACGACGACAGUAGCGACGAUGGUGCCGACUCGGACGGUACAGCCGAGGCGACAGCAACGAUCAGCACUGCGCAAGUCGUGCCUCGACCUGCUGCGCCGGCCGCGCCAGUUGCGGCGCCCGCACCUACCCCGGCGAAGGAGAAGGAGAAGAAGGGCAUCAAAUCGCGGUUCAAGAAGGCGUUUGGCGUUUCCAACUCGGCUAGUUCGAGCACGUUGACGGAGGCGGAGCUUGACGGACGAGGACCGAAGCAGCUGAAUGGCGGUGUUAGGGCGAGGCGGGACAGCUCGAGCUCGUCCGAGGGCGAGGCUGCUGUUGCGCCAAAGGUUCCGUACGCGACGCACCAGAGCCACGCCUCAGUUGCCUCGUCCGCCCAGAGCGUGCUCGGCGACGGCGCUUCGACGACGACCUCGCGAAAACCGCCUUCGAGUCGGUUCCGCCUCAUGAACGGCAAGUUCAACGGCUCGUCCGACAACCUCUCCAUUUCGUCGACCGUCUCGUCUGCGUCCGUCAUGAUCCGCAAGCUCGGCCAGAUGGGCAAGCUCGCUCGUCGCAACAGCUUGAUGGGCCUCACCAAGGCUUUCAAGAAGGACAAGGGCAAGGACGACGAAUCGGCUGUCAAGCGCGACGUCAACGGCGGCAAGUUCCUCGGCGGCAAGAAGGACAAGAAGAAGGCCGGUGUCGCUGAUGCGAGCGUCUCGCAUGCGACGGCUGAGUACGAUUUGAGGGCGGCACAGUCGUCCGGCAUGUCGCCUGCCGCUGCACUCGCUCGCAAACAGCAGAUGGCUUACGCUGAGCAGGAGGCGGAGGAGGAGCGUGCGCGACAGGCCGCGGCGGAGGAGGCAGCUCGACUUGGCCCGCCUCGGUCGUUCGAGCAAUUGCCCGCGCACGCUCGCACCGAGUCAAGCGCGUCAGAUGCGUCGUCAAUCCGCAAGGACAAGUCGCGCAAGGGCCUCGGCUUGCGAGGUCGACUCGGUUUCGGCGGCAGCAAGACGGACCUGCGCGAGACGGCUUCCGUCAAUGACGAUGCCGCGACUGAGCGAGGCGGCUCGGCGCUCGGCCACUACGACGACACGACGCCCCGAGGGAGCUUGGAGAUCCUCGCUCCGCCGAACAAGCCGUACGCGACUUACGACCGCGACCCUGGCCAAUACUCGGAGGAGUACGAGCCCAGCUUGUACCGCGAAGGAGCUGUACCGCGACGCGGACCUGUGCGGCCUGUCAAGGGCAUCCUCAAGGGUGCCGGCUCUUACCGCCAGGAAGACUUUGCUGCUCCUCGCGCCCCCUUCAUCCGCAACCGCGCCAGCUCGUUCGACGCACCACAGCAGCAAGCUCGCCCAGGCUCGCCCGGAAACGCCGCGCUCGUCAACACCAUCCCGUCUGAGCAGCAGGUCGACGGUGUCGCACCCAUGUCGACUUCGCCUCGCAACGAUAUCCACCCUCCUUCGCCUACCGAGCUCAUUCAUGAGUCGGCCGCUGCGCGUGUCCACCCCGAGACGACUACUUCGGGACCGUACUCGAACCCCGGCCUGAACGCCUCGGCGCCCGUCCUCAACCACUUUACCUCGUCGCCGUCGAUGCGCCCCGCACCGCAAAGCUCCAGCGGUCGUCGUCGCAUUGUCUUUGCUCAGAACCUCUCGGUCCACACGACCUGGCCUGCGACGAUCUACGACCGCCGCGCCGAGCCUGCGACCUGCAACCGCUUGACGCCGCUGCUCGCGCAGCAGAUCAAGGAGGAGCUCAACAGCUUCAAGAUGGAGGAGAUGGACGUGCAUCCGAUGUCGCGCAAGCUUACCCACUUCUUCGUCUAA